AUGGCGCAGGCGGCAGAGAAUGCCAUCAAGAUAUCCAUCGAGGCCUUCGUCCAAUCUUUCUACCCCGCCCUGCAGUCCGCCCGAGACACCAUCGCCUCCUUCUACGCCCCAACCCCAGUCCUCUCCAAACUCCUCUUCAACGGCAACAUCGUCGCAGACGGCCCCUCCGUCCAGGAAAUCUUCACGAACCAAAUGCCCCCCACCCGCUACGACAUCCAGUCCUACGAUUGCCAGAUCAUCAAUACGAAUUACCCCGCGCUGCCUGCGUCGUCGUCGUUGUCGUCGGCAUCAUCCGCUGUAACUGCCGCUUCGGCAGCGAGGAACAUGUCCAUUCUGGUCCUUGUGAAUGGGUCUGUGAGGUUUGAGGUGGAGGUGGAGCCUGGUGAUUCGACGAAUCGGAGGUUCAGUGAGACGUUUGUUCUUGUACCGAAUGCCCAGGCUGCUGCUGCUGCUGCUGCUGCUGCUGCUGCUGGCGAGGCCCCGAAAGGGAGGGAACAGGAGAAACGUUGGUUGAUACAGAGUCAGAAUUUCAGGUUGGUUGGGUGA